UCACAGAUAUUAACAAAAACAAAUAAAAAUAAAAAUUAAACAAAGCGGCCAAACAGGCAGCUAAACCGGCAAUCGGGGAAUCGGAAAAAGGAGCUCCGCUCGUUGGACAAGGUCAAGUCGGUGUCGUCGGCAGCUGGAGCGGAUAAGCCGCCUCAUUCCGGGGGCUUUGGCUUCGGUCUCGAACUCGAACUCGGAUUCGGAUUCGGAUUCAGUUUCGCCUUCUGAUAACCGACGCCCCCGGUUGCGUAUAAAACAUUGCCGGUGCGGCCCAAACAUCAGCACUUGCGGACCAGCAUCCCAGUUGAUAACACCUCGCUCGAUCCCAGAGUUUCCACCAGAGAUUACCCAAAACGAAAUCCAGUAUCGAGCAGUAUGUCGCAGUUUAGCACCGUUGCCGCAUUCCUACUCCUCGGCCUGGUCGUCAUCCUUGGCGGCCACGUUGGCCAGGCGGCCGUUGCCAAGGUCAAACUGAACAAUUCAUCGCAUCCCGGCAAGUGUGUGCUGGACACGAACACGAUCCUGUCGCCCGGGGAGACGGGUCUGGCGCCGGAUCUGCCAUGCGUGCGGGCCGAAUGCCAUGCGGAUGGCUUGGUGACCUUCAAAACCUGCGAUGCAGUCGCUCCGCCACCGGGCUGCAAGCAGCGCGACUUUGUGAACAUCAAUCGCGAAUUUCCCGCUUGCUGCGAGCGGAAAUACAAUUGCGACAAGCACAUCUAACAUCUUAAGCCAUUAUUAAUUGCCAUAAUCCUUAAGUUGCUCAACUAACUAGGAGGCAAUGGGCAAUGGAUUUGUUUUCAGCUUAUUAUUUCGUUCUUUUUUUUUUUUUUUGUUUGUUUUUAUUUAUUGUGUAUACUACAACAUAACAAUUAAAAUGUAAACGCUUAGCAAUACAAUUAAAUAAUUUAAUAGAAUC